AUGUACGUACCAGUUAGCAGAGAGACAGAGUACUACUGUGUAGCACCCAGUGAAAACCAGGGUUCAAAGUUUAGUGAUCCAGCCACAAUUGCAGUGGAAGAGGUGGGUGGAUCUCAGUCCUCUUCACUGAAAAGUGAUGCUGUUACAUCAGCUACAACAGGACAGUAUCCUCAUAGAUGUCCAGGUGGAUGGUUGCACUUUAAGGGACGUUGCUUCAAAUAUCAUGCAAUGAAAAUGGACUGGCUUUCUGCUGAGAAACAUUGCCUGAAUCUUGGGGCACACUUGAUCUCAAUACACAGUGAGGAAGAAUAUUGGCAUGCCAAGUCUUUCAUUCAUGCUCAAGACCCUCGUGGGAAUCCAACAUGGAUUGGUCUUUCUAGAAGUGAGAAGGUAUUUUACUGGUCCUGGUCUGAUGCCACGCACAUUACUUUUACCAAGUGGAAUCCUGGUGAACCAAGUAAUGUACCAAAUGAGUUGUGUGUGCAUAUGAACUGGCCUAGUCCCAUCACCCCUGAUAUGGACUGGAACGACAUUUCAUGUAAUAAUCGCUAUGCCUUUGUUUGUGUCAAGAUAACACAAUAA